GCCCAGGACAUGUACAACCUCUACCUACUCCUGAUGGAUCCAAAUUCAAAAUUCGAUUGAGAGAAGCGAACAUAAGAAGCUGUUUAUUUCUUCUUUUCACUUUUUUCGUCGAUACCCUUGGGAGAACAAACAAAUGACGGCGGUCCCGCCGGCGGCGUCGGGGCAGCCAAUAUCGGCGUCUGUGGUGAAUUCGUUUCGAGUGGCGGCCGUAGCUGAGCGCUUGGCUACUCAUACUCAGCCUGGUAGACAGCCUCAAAGCUCGGAGUUCUUCAGCCUGUGCCUCUCUCUCGCCAGAGGCAUUGAUUAUGCAAUUGCCAACAAUGAGGUUCCUGCUAAAGCGCAAGAAUUACCUCUAUUGUUGAAGCAGAUAUGUCAACACAGAAAUGACCUCUUCUUACAAGCAGCUAUUAUGGUGUUGAUGAUAUCAGUAAAGAAUGCCUGUAAAAUGAGCUGGUUCUCAGAUGGAGAGAGUCGAGAACUUUUAACUCUUGCCAAUGAGGUUGGCAGUUGCUUUUGCAUCCCAGGCGUUAUUAACAAUGAACUGGAUGGUUCACUUGCAACUAUUUUGGAAGUUAUGUCAAGGUUCUAUCCAUUAAUGAAGAUGGGCCAGAUACUUGCUUCUCUUGAAGCUAAGCCUGGAUACGGGGCGCUCGUGGUUGAUUUCCAUAUAUCGAAGAAUAUGACAUACUCUCCUCAGGAGAAAAUUAGGUUAUUUGUGUCUCAAAAAGAUAACGUAGAGACAUCUGCUUGCAUUAUAAGUCCACAACUAGUGAGCUUUCUGUUAAAUGGAAAGGGAGUGGAGAGAAGAACAAAUGUUUCAGUGGAUAUGGGACCUCAGAUGCCAACAAAUGUGACUGCAAUGUUGAAAUAUGGGACUAAUCUUCUCCAAGCUGUGGGCCAGUUUAGCGGUCAUUAUCUCAUUGUGGUUGCCUUCAUGAGUAUGGAGUCGUCAUCACCUGACGCUUCCACACUGCCAGAUUAUGUUCAGUCUGGUGAUUUUGCACCAGAUUCAGAAGAUUCUGAUUUAAUUGAAGGGCCAUCACGGAUCUCACUCAAGUGUCCCAUAAGCCGAACACGCAUCAAAACUCCUGUCAAAGGGCAUGCAUGUAAGCAUCUUCAGUGCUUUGAUUUCAAUAACUAUGUUAACAUAAACUCUAGAAGACCUUCCUGGCGCUGCCCACAUUGCAAUCAACAUGUAUGCUACACUAACAUCCGGAUUGAUCAAAAUAUGGUUAAGGUGCUGAAAGAGGUAGCAGAGGAUGUGUCUGAUGUGAUCAUCUCUGCAGAUGGAUCAUGGAAAGCCGUGAUGGAAAAUGAUGAUGACGUAGAUGAGUUGCAUGGUAAUACCCUUAAUUGCCAAAAAGAUGGGUCUGAGCUGCCAGAAUCUGCUACGGGCGUUCCCAUGGUUCUGGAUCUUACUCAGACUGUGGAUGCACUGGAAACUAUCGAAACUGAAGACAGGAAGCCUCCUGUGGCUACUCUUCAAAGUUUGUCUGCUGCUCCAAAUUUAACCCUAACACCAGAAUUGAUUAAUUUAGCUGGAGCUAAUCAAAAUGUUUUGGACGAUGAUUUUUGGGCUGUACUUUACUCAGGUCAUAGGUCUGGCACUUCUACUUCUAGGACAGAUACCCAAGUUGGUGGCACUGAGUCUACACGAAAUUUUACAGUGUCACCAGUAUUUUCUGAUGCUGUCUCUCCAGCACCCAAUCGAGCUGAUGCUCAUGGUAAUGCUAAUCUUGCAACACCUGGGAUUCAAAAUCAAGUUGCUACUGCAAAUAAUUUGCCAUUACAUCCUUCACAAGUGACAAAUUCAAUGUCAAAUCAUGAAUAUGGAAGUUUGCAGAACAUACCUAGACAUGUAAGCAGAUCAUCAAUUGCAGUUCAGGCCCUCCCAGCAAUGUCUCAGACUCAGACACCAACACAACAGAGAUCAAGUAAUAGUAUGAAUACGAUGAACACAACCAGCUCUGCGCGUAUUCCACAUCAGAUGCAGAGUAGGAUUCAGCAAGAACGAUCAUUUGCUCCUGCCCGGCCAGUUCAACAAGUUGGUGCUGCAGCUCCAAGUCAACUCCCAGGUCCAUACAGACCUCCUGGGUUUCGGGCUGAAUACCAGAACCCACACCUGCAGCAAGCACUGAACACGAGGUUGUCCCAACCCAGGAGCCCAUCUCCAGGCCUGAUUCGGUCACCAUCUCCAAUACUACGGGCACAGGCUCAACAAGGAGCUGCACAAGUUGGGGUAGGCUACACAGCAGGCAAUGUGAGUAGCAAUCCUACCAGAUUUAUGGCUGCUUCCCAGAGAACCACCCAAAUGGCUAGACAGCCACCGAUGGUGGCAGUUCAAACUCAAACACCAAGAGCAGCAUCAUAUCCUGGAAAUGUUGAUGGUAGUAGGGCUUCAGCCGUCGAGCAGAGAUUGAACAUAGGUGGAGUAGCACCUGCAGCUUCAAGACCUGAUACGUCAGCUGAUUUGGCAUCUGAGCAGAACUGGCGACCUACAGGACGAAUGCGUGGAAGCCUUACAGGUCGAGUAUAUUCUGAAUCUCUUAGCCAGAUGAUGAUUCAACCGACCCAGUCAACACAAGCUGCAAGGCCACAAACAAAUAUAACGUCUCCACCUAGUGUUCCACCACAUCUGCAGGCGUUUCUUGCAAAUAGCAGGAAUCCUGUUACCCCUCAAGUGCGAAACAAUGCAACAACUGAAACUACAGCCACAAAUGGUGGUUCGGGUCCUGCCAGAUAGGUCUAGUGGGAUGCAUUAGUCUUGACUUAGCUGUAUGUAGGAGUAAUCAAUAUGAUGAAGCUGUAAAUACAAAUAUUUAUGUCCAAUUUUGUGCAUCACUGAUAUUGUUGUACAGUUCCUCCCUGGGCUUAGAGUGAGAGUUCAGCUUCCCCUGUAUUUGGUUUUAAUCAAGUCUAGAUUUUUAAGCUUUAUCAGCUUCUGUUUUCUUGGUCUGUGAAUUUUGCAAUUUGUGAAUUGUGUCUGUGUGUACUUGUUGCAUAUACAAUUCCAGUCGGUAAAUUAUUAUGUUGGUUUGAGCUUAAAAUUAAA